GGUACAGCUCCAGGUCAGAGUCAACCAUGGUGACAACUCUGCACCUCCCACUGCUCCUGCUGUCAGCCUUGGUGGCUUUCUGUGCAGCGAGUGAGAGUUCCAAGCUGAGUAGUACCUCUCAGGAAACACUGGGUGGCCUGGAGGAUGCUGACAUCCAUGAGGAAGGUGUUCGACAGGCUAUAGACUACUCUGUGGGCGUUUACAACCAGGAGAACAACGACCUGUAUUACAGCGGUGUGCGGAGGGUGCUGCGUGCCCGCCAGCAGGUUGUCGCUGGGAUGAAAUACUACUUGGAUUUGGAGAUGGGUCAAACCACCUGCACUAAGACUCAGUCUGACCUACUGGAAUGUCCCUUUGAUGAUUCACAAGAUCAGCAGAGGACCUUCUGCUCCUUCCAGGUCUACAGUGUGCCCUGGCUGCACCAAAUCUUCGUGACAGAAUACAGUUGCCACAAUGAGUAAGGGUAUGCGCCAGGCAGAGCUGCAUUGGCCACCCCUUCCUCACCCGACUCUCCUUUAAUGUCYCAAAUCUCUGAUAUCCCCCAGCCCUUAUUGGGCCAGCACCAGCAGAACAGUAGAAGUGGCUUCUGUGGACAAGUGUUGAAACCGAAUGGCUCUUCCCGUGUUCACUCCUUCUAAUUAUUUUUCAAACACGUUGGUGCCUGGCCUAUAAGGACC